AUGAAAACUCAUACGAAAUCAUAAUUAUAUUAAGAAGAAAACAUCCCAAUCAAAAUUUAGCAGUAGGAACAAAUCCAAGCUCCAGAAUAGAAACAAGAAAACAAUAGGAUAACAGCCUCAAUACCAGUUUAUGAGAAAACUAGACUCCCUGAAUCCCGAAUCUAUAUGAAUAAGAGCAAAAUUCCAUAGUUUUAAGAAGUUUAAAUUCAUUGGUCACAACGAGCUCCGUAUCAAUAAAUAGUAGCUUAAUAAAUUGUUUCUGAAGUCCGCUAAUCAGCUGUGGAGCAAAUAAAUAACUAAUAAAUUGCAUAGCCUAUAAGUAGACCAUAUUAACCUGGAUCUGGCUUUCCAACUCGCUAAAAUUUGCCAUAGAUUCCCAAGAUGAAGCACUCAUAGUAUCUAUAAUGCAAAUGGUGUAAUUAAGAAGUACAUUCCCAAGUUGAAUAUAGAAUCGGACUUUCAUAAUUAUUGCUUUGUCUCCUUUUGUCACCUGCUUUUGGGAUUGAAUUAAUAUAUUUGCAUAGACGUAUAAAGACUGUUAUCACUUCUGCACUAAUUGUUGGUGCGAAAUAGGAAUAGUAAAAUUGA